AUGAAUCACUUCCCUGAAGCUUGGGGUCGUCCCAGGGACGAUGUCUAUGGCGCCUACAACAGCACCUACCUCCAGACCUCCGGCCCCAAGGCCCACACAACAUCUCCCGCCGUGACGGGAACAUCAGUGGUGGGCGUCAAGUUUAAUGGCGGUGUUGCUCUCGCGACCGAUAACCUGGCAUCCUACGGAUCUCUAGCCCGGUUCACGGACGUCAAGCGUCUGCGCGUGUUUGGCGGCAAGGCCGUCGUCGGAUUCGGUGGCGACGUGUCCGACAUGCAAUACAUCGACCGACUGCUCGAAUCGAUCGACAUCCGCGAGAACUACUCCAUGCACGGCAACAUGCUAAACGCCAAGAACCUGCACACUUACCUGGCGAAGGUGUUCUAUAAACGACGCUCCGAGUUCAACCCGCUGUGGAACCAUGUCCUCGUCGCGGGCUUCGACGCCGACGACCAGCCGUUCCUCAGCUCCGCAGAUCUGCUGGGCACAACCUUCUCCGCGCCGCAUCUGGCCACCGGGUUCGGUGCCCACCUUGCCGUUCCGAUCCUGCGUCGUAAAUUUCCUGAUGAGAGAGAUAUCGAGACGAUCAGCCGGGAAGAGGCCGUUGCGGCGCUGAAGGAAUGCUUGAAGGUUCUGUUCUACCGUGACGCGCGGAGUCUGGACAAGUACUCGAUAGCGGUGAUCACUAAGGAGGGCAUUGACUUGCGGGAGGACGAGAAGAUUGAGGGCCAGAGCUGGGCGUUUGCCGAGACUAUCAAGGGCUAUGGGGCGCAGACCAAUUAG